AUGAGAGGCAGGGGAAGCAGCGCAGACCAGCGGCUGGAGGAGCUGUUGGCGGGGGGGACAGGCGGGGGCGUGCGUGCCAAGUAUGCUGCUCGGCUGCAGGAGAAGAAAAUGCUUGCUGAGGCCCGCAGGGAGCAGCAGGGCGGCGGGUUCGGCCGGGCGGCUGCUGCUGUUAACUCUGCUGCCGCUGCUGCCAGCACCGCUGCUGCCGCUGCUCGUGCGGCGAGAUUGAGAGCGGUGAAGGGAGGAGGAGACGGGGGGCUUGUGGGGGGAACGGGAGAAGGGGCGUUGCCUGGGUUUGGCAGGGCUGAGGGGAGCAGAGGAUGGGUGGUAGCUCCUGGGUCUGCAAGACUGCUCCGGCAUUUCCAGUCCCGCACUCUGAAGCAGGCGCUGGUAACCACCCACCCGCGCCUGGACGUGCUCCUUCUCAACGACCAGCUUGGCAACUUCUCCUUUGACUCUCACAUCGAUUCCACUGCAGCAGCCGCCACCGCCACUGUUGCUGCUCCUUCUGCCUCCGCUGCCCCGUCUCACUCAACUCCGACUUCUUCAGCCCCUCCAUCUGAGUCUCGUUCACCCUCAGAUGCAUCGAAAUCAGCUGCUGCAGAGUCAGGACGCACAUUAGGAGACAAACCAGAAUUACCACCGACAGCAGCAGUGUCAGGCAUUGACUCACUGGAGGCUGCCAGAAAGAGAGUGGAUGAGUUUGUUGAAACCUGCAAGAAGUGGAAUUUGAAGCCAUCGCAAGUCCUUGUGGGCACUGCUGGAUGGGCUGCAUGGUGGAAGCAGCUGUCUGAGGGGACAUUGCACAAGGAUGGAAUGCGAGCUGGUGAUGUGCGAGUGGAUGGGGAGCGGAUACAGGUUGCUGACUGGCUGCAGGCUAGUGCUAGAUUCAAGGCUGCAGACAUGGUGGAGUUGAAGGGAGUGGUGGAGGAGCUGAAUGGAGUGUCGUUCAGGAGCAGCACGUUCGUCCAUGCGCAAGGGAGAAUCUAG